AUGGCAGCAACAGAUGCAAAAAAAAAGUUACAACAAAUCGAAAAUAAAUUGUAUGGUGACUCCACAAUUGCUAAAAUUUGGGGUGUGGCAGUGGAAUAUUUAGAUCAAUCUAAACCACCGAAGAAGACACCAGAAUAUUCCUUCGGUAGAUACCAGUUUAGAGAUAUUGACCAUUGGACAGCUGGGUUCUUUCCUGGGUCACUAUACUGUUUGUUAGAAAGAUGCAACAAUUACCCUUCUAGGUUUCCAACAGAUAAAGUGGAUCGGACAAAGUUAGAGUAUGCAGCAAGAUGGUGGGCAGAGGGGUUGUUUGAACAAGCACCCAGACGAGACACACAUGACUUAGGUUUCAUAAUCCAACCUGCUUUCCAAAGAGAAUAUGAAUAUAGUAAAAGCUCUAGAUCUUUCGACUGUUUAGUGACGGCCGCAGAAGCUCUUGCAAGUAGGUUUGAUGAAACCGUUGGUUGUAUUAGAAGUUGGGACUCUGCGGUAAAUAAGAGAUACAACAUUACGAAUAAAAAUACUGAUUUUAUUGUCAUCAUUGAUAAUAUGUGUAAUUUGGAUAUGUUGUAUUAUGUGGCAAGUAAAACAGGCGAUUUAAGGUUAUCUACUAUAGCCACAACGCAUGCUGAAGUAACAUUAAAGAAUCACUUUAGGGAUCCUGAAUGGUCCAGUUUCCAUGUUGUAAAUUAUGACUUGAAAGAUGGCUCUGUUAAAGCCAAAAUUACCAAUCAAGGUUAUGCUGAUGAAACAACCUGGUCUAGAGGGCAAUCAUGGGCCAUUUUAGGGUUUAUUGAAACAUACUCGUGGACCAAACAAAGAAAGUUUUUAGAAGCAUCGGUUGGAUUGGCUAAAUACUUUGUUUCUAAAUUGCCCGACGAUGGAGUUCCAGCCUGGGAUUUUGGUGCACCAGACAAGGACAUUAAAGAUACUUCCGCUGCCAUGAUUUGUGCUCUUGGCUUGAUUAAGAUUUACGAAGCAACAAAUGACUCUGAAUAUUUAAUUAGUGGAUUGAAACUUGUCUCCAAUACCAUUAGUUUCGCUUAUACUAACGAAUCUUCCUUUAGAAAAGAUGGGACUGUAGAUCUUGGUGACAGGGAUACAAUAUUGGCUAAUGCGACAAUAAAUAACAAUCCAGAUACUUACGAAAGAUUGGUAAAUCAUGGACUAGUUUAUGCGGACUAUUAUUUCCUAGCUAUUGGAAAUAAAUUAUUACAGCUUGGUUUAAUCCAAUAG